UUUCUUAGGCCGCGCAAUUUUUAACCCUAAAAACUAGUAUUUUACACAGAUUUUUUUCUUUUUAUCUGCCUCAGAGUUGCUAGAACACCACCAUUUUAAAAACUUUUCAUCAGGAUCGAGCGAUAUACACAGUGUCUUACAAUGUGACUGUUUCAUUUACGAAAUUUGUUUACUUUUCAUUUAGUGUAUUUAUUUACCUUGUAGGUUUUGCAAAGCAAAGUGAAGGUCAACGACUAAAGAUUCGUUAGCCAAAAUGGAGAACACCAACGGGGCGAUAUCCAGAGACACUUUGGCCAACUUGAAGUGUUCGAUAUGCGACAAUUUCCUAACAGUGCCACCUAUACUAAUCACAUCCCUCUACGGUAACCAGUACAAGUGCGGGAGGUGCUACUUCGUCGAGACAGAAGUGAACAUUCCGGCCACUAUGUUCGAAACGUUGGCCUCCACUAUGAGGUUCCCCUGCAUCCACCCGAGCUGCGAGAGGGAGAUCCCCUGGAACACCAUCAAGUCGCACGAGGAGACCUGCAUCCACCAGCCGAUGAAGUGCCCCUGCGGCGAAAUCUUGGAGAUACACGAGGCGCACAGGCAUUUCGUGGAAAACCAUCCCGACAUCAUAAGCGAGGAGAGCGUUAUUGUGGAGAACCCCGGGUUUUCGCAGUUCCACACGAGGCUUAUCGUUAAGAAUGACGUACCGUUCUUGGUGUACGUGCUCUGCGAGAGGAAGGCGGAUAUUAAGGUCGGAAUAUACAGCCUCCAGGACACCAUAAAAAAGUACGAGUUCCGGCUGGAGAUAUCGACGAACAGCAACAUGUCGAAGAUCACGAUCCCCAACAAGAAAAUCACCAAGUUCAACACGAGGGAGCACUGCUCCGACUGCCUGCUGCGCACCUGCAGAAUCACCUACCACAAGUACCAGAACGGCGCCAACAACCCAGUCUCCGAGAUGACCAGCGCCCGCGUCAACACCUCGUCCGUCUUCAAGGUCCUCAACUGCGACGACUUCAUCCUGCUGAUAACGGUGAUCGAGCGGGGCAACCGCGCCUACCUCGAGGCGAACUUCACGAGGAACGAGCAGAUACGCAAGUCGUGGGAGUGCCAGAUAUGCCAGGAGUACCUCGCGCCGCCCAUCUUCCUCUGCCCGACGGGCCACAGCCUGUGCGGCUCGUGCAAGAUGAAGAUGGCGGUGUGUCCGUACUGCAUUCUGGAUAUCGGCGAGUCGAGGAAUUUCACGCUGGAGGAGAUGGCGGAGCACGUCCAGUUGGCUUGUACGUACGAGACGAUGGGGUGCCGGUUCCUGGGCAACGUCGAGAAGUUGGCCAGGCACGAGGCGAAGUGCGAGAAUAGUAGGGCCGAGCCGUCAAGGAAGAAGUCCAGGCUCGACAUGAGCGAGUGACGGGACUGGGAGAAUUUUUUUUAUCGAGAGCGUCGUAGACUGUGUAGGUUUGUAAGUAUUUUUGUAUGGUAGGCGUAGAAGGCGGCGGCGGCGGCCUGAUUUUACGAUUUUAAGGUAGGUUUAUAAACUUUUUUAAUAAUCGUUCGCUGUAGCGUAAAAUUUUCGGAAAUGCGAAAUUUUCUUCUAUUUUCGAGAGCGACGAACACGGAUCUGAAGUUAUUAAUGCACAAAUAACAGACUUUCCUCCAUUCUAACGCAGAUU